GGCUGAGCAAAAGAGUGGGGAAGGGUGUAGUAUUUAUAGUUCUAUUAGAGAUUCAAUUUGAAGCAUCGCCUCUGCGGUGUCACUUCGACUUGCGGCUGUUGCGGGAGUCCGACGAUCACUGCCGGGGAAUGACGAUCGUGAAAGAUCAAGAUAUAAUUGCUCAUUGGCGAAGAGCGCCUGUGCUGCUACAAGGGAAGGAGAGGUGACGCUGUUGUGGAAGACUGGGAUCCCAGAUGCCCCAGGAGUAAUGCGCAGAAGAGGCUAGAGCAGCUGAUAAUGUUAGCAAAUGAUUCCCGAGGCCUUGUGGGAAAAGCCCAGCCGCGGAAUUCAAUGCGACACUGGCUUCUUGGACAAGCAGAACAUGGCAGACUCCGAUCUCUAGCAUAGUCAGUCCGAAUCUCCACCUAGGGAACUCUUGUCUGCCCUUCAAAAGACAUAACAGAGGAAGACGUGGCUGUAGGGCUCCUCUUGCACUCGACAUGAUUGAAAGAAGGCAGUGGAGAGAUCCACCAGGGCAUGUGUUUACCGCCAGUCGGGCCAUAGUCCUUCGAGGCGCGAAUCCCGGCUUCCAAGCUUCCCUACAGCAGGUAAUCAGCACGUCAUGCCACAAGAUAGAGGGCGUGAUGGAAUUGACCCUCCCAGCCUGACCAUUCAUCACACGAACAAGCCACACAGCCUCGUGUAGUCACCCAGCUCAGCCCCAGAGCUCCUAGCGGCCUCACGGGCCGCGCCCUUGGCCUCCCGGAGCAGGUUGCUGUCCUCCCUGGCCAGGCCGCGGGGCGGGACCAGCCAGAAGGCCACCUCGGUGCCGUUGGCGCGGAGGUCCUCGACGCGGGCCUGCAGCUCCUCCCACAGGUCGCGGUUCGCGAGCUUCCUCCCGGGCCUGGGCCGCCCCCUCCCGUCCCUGCGCGGCGCGGCCCGCCACCCCUGGCGCACCCAGGCCGGCAGCCACCGCGUGGCCCCCAGGGCGACGUACUCGAGGUCCGUCACGACCACGACCGUGUGCCAGCCCUCGCUGUGCCACGGGCGGAAGUCCAGCGCGGCGAUGACGGCGCGCAGCUUGGCGCGGUUGGAGGUGUGGGUGUGGGUGUCGCCGCGCGGGCCCUUUUGCUCGAGCGGCAUUGCGAUCGUGCCUGUGAUGUCGGGGAGGCUCAGGUCUACCGGUGGGUUGCCACGCAUGUUCUCCAUGCCCGUCGUCUGGUAUAGCAUGGUGGUCUUGUCACCGCCGUUGCCCCCGUCGUUGUAUAUGAAGCUCAAACCACCUUUUGGCGCACUCCCUGCCCCGACUGGUUGGUUGCUGCGUGCACCAGCACCAUUGUUCACGCAACUGCCGUCGACGACAAGCAUCAUCUCCUUCGAGUUGAAGCGGUUGACAUAUCGAGGCCACUGCGUUCGUACGCUGAUGGUCUGUAGCGGGAAGUGCUGCUCAGGAGCUAGGAAGUGGUCUUGAGGUCGGAAGAUGCCGGCGGGCUGGAUCUGUGUGUUUCGUGUGAGGCGUCGGGCAGCUUGUUCGGCUGAGGUUCGCGGGAGCAACCUCAGCCCGCGGUCAGCAGCGUGCGGGCUGUGCUGGUCGAGCUCGGAGUCGGAGUCGAAGUCGGCGACGUCUUGCUUGGUGGCCUGGCCUUGUCUCCGAGGCUUCCUAUUCUUCACAACGCGGUAUUGAGGCAUUACGGGGUGGCUGUGGAGGCUAGUUUGUCCUUGAAGCUGUCGUCGUUUGGUAGUUUCCAACAACUGAACGGUGAGGGGUCGGAGACGUUGAGUGCUGCGGGUGCCCGAGCUCGUAUCCGCUGGCCGAGGCUCCAAAUGUUAAGCUCAAACCGGGGCAGAGCAGUCCGACAUGGCCAGACCCAUGUAUGUUCCUGGGGUACCUGCCGCGGCCUCUCUUCCAACAUUGUGGCUCUUCGCCAUCUCAAACGAGAUUUGGAUCAUGCUGGCUGCAGGUGGUUUGUACACCAAGAGGAGCUACAACUGUACCAAAGGAAUCGAUAAUGCAGAGCAAGAGAGAGUGUGUGGGGCUGGCUUCGGGCUGCCCAGCCCCUCCGGGAGUAGCCGAGCUCGGCCCCACAACUGCCCAGGUGCCGUCAUAACGGUGACUCUCCAGGGCUCUUGAGGGGGUUAUUGUGGACGAUGGUUUUCGAACACGCCUCACGUGGUGGCUCUCACUACGGAUGACCAUGGGCUCCUCUACGUGGGUACCUGACGUCGACCCUCACAGCGACUUCUCUCUGGCCAACAUCCCCUUCGGCAUCGCAGCCACGGCCGACGGCGAAGCUCCCCACGCCGUGACCGCCAUCGGGAACCAUGUCCUGGACCUGAAGAGGCUUGUCGACCAAGAAGAUGCUGCCAGCAUCUUCCCUUGUCUCAAGGACUCGGGCAAUGUCUUCGACUCGCCCACACUCAACAGAUUCGCAGAGCUAGGGAGAGACGUCCACCGGCAGGUGCGCAGCGCCAUCCAAGACCUGCUCUCUGAAGACACCAAGCACCCCGAGUUCCUCAGGGACAAUGCAGCACUGCGUCAAGAGGUCCUCGUCCCCAUGAGGAAGGCCAAGAUGCACCUGCCAAUGCAGAUCGGUGAUUACACCGACUUCUACGCAGGGUACCACCACGCCUUCGGCGUAGGCUCCAUGUGGCGCGGCCCGGCAAACGCCCUGCAGCCAAACUACACACACCUGCCCGUCGGUUACCACGGGCGAGCCUCCAGCAUCGUCGUCUCGGGGCACCCUGUCAAGCGGCCAGUCGGCCAGAUCGUCGUCGACCCGGCCGCCGAGCCCAAGCAGCCCGCCGUCAGGCCGAGCCAGAAGCUCGACAUCGAGCUCGAGCUGGGCUGCUUCAUCGCCACGGGCAACGAGAUGGGCACGCCCAUCGACGUCAACAGGGCCGACGAGCACAUCUUCGGCUACGUCCUGCUCAACGACUGGAGCGCGAGGGACAUCCAGAACUGGGAGUAUGUGCCGCUGGGGCCGUUCAACGGCAAGAACUUUGCCUCGACCAUCAGCCCCUGGGUCAUCACGCCGGAUGCGCUGGAGCCCUUCAGGAGCAAGGGCAUUGAGCUUGAGGGCAGGCCGCAGUUACAGGACUAUCUCAAGGAGGCGAGACCGGACAAUGUCUUUGACGUGCAGUGCGAGGUCGAUCUGACAACCCCUGAGGGUGACACCUCCACCAUCUCUCGAGUCUCCACCAAGAACCUCUUGUGGUCCUUCCCCCAGAUGCUUGCCCACCACACCCUCGGGGGCUGUCCCAUGAGGAGUGGAGACCUGCUCGGCUCAGGGACCAUCAGCGGGACGAAGCCAUCAGAGCUCGGCAGUCUGUUGGAGAUGAGCGAGGGCGGCAAGAAGGAGGUACUCCUCGCAGGCAUGGAUGCGCGCAAGUUCCUAAAGGACGGCGACACCAUCACCCUCAGGGCCUCGUGUGGCCAGGACGGUCAGAGAGUCGGCUUCGGAGAGUGCACUGGGAGGAUCUUCAGUGCCGUGGGUCGGUAAUUAAGGCCAGAGGAUGAUGCGCCUGCAUAAUCCCAUGAUUUUCACACCAACCUGGCUGCUCAAACCCUCCUCAACAUCGAUGGCCAACUCCGGCCGCGAGCUCGUCGAGCACUUAUGUUUGCGGAAAUUGACAUCUAGUUACCGAUGGAUUUCAACAGGAUUCAUGUCCUCCAGAUUCAUCCCGGUAUAUCGCAGCCCGGUAUAUCUUGUCGGCACGAUGGCAGGGACAUGCAACAUGAAGGCAGCACGCGAAUUAGCCAAAGCCUUUUCUGACUCCAUGUCAGACUUUCAGCAACCUAGAUUUAUAAAUGCACAAGUUGUCAUCCGUACAGACUGCUCUUUACAUGUGUGAAUUUCCUCAUCAAGAUCCCAGCACCUUCUCGUGGACUUGUUUACAUGAUUUCAAUCAGGUGUGAUCACCAGUCAUUCAUAUACCUAGGUCAUACAGUACCUAGGUAUUUGUUUCUCCCAGUGAGUGUCUCGGACCCCGCUCAUCUAGUGCUCAUACCAACACUGCUUCUUUUUGGUUUCACUGAUGAAGAUCUGUUAGCCGUGGCCACGAAACACGAGAGAUGUUUAUCUUACUUCUAGAGGCGAUCUCGGCGGUUGGUGUAUGGCUUGAAAUAGUCGCUCGCGGCGACCUUCUUGUCGGCCAAUGCUCGGAUGUUGUGGAGCUCCUCUGAGCCCUCAUCAUCGACGUAGUCCCCCAUGCGCUCGAGGCCGCUUCUGAGCUCGAUUCGGGCGUCAUCACGCUGGCGGAGGAUCUCGUCGACGAUUGCCAUCUGAGCAGAUACCGGCAGCCUGGGCAUUGUGGCAUGGCGGCUCGCCGCGUCCUGGAUCGAGUCUGAUGCCACGAACAACGCGAGCAUGACGCCCCGAAGCGCGUCCCAGGCGGGCUGGUGCGCGAGCUUCUCCCACCACAGCCUGAAGAGCUCCUCGUUCAGCAGCUCGAAGUCAUCUGCCCUGCUUUCCAACUCCUCCAUGAUGGCGUUGGUGAUUGUACGGCUCUGGAGGUAGUCCGCCAGGAGCCAGAAGUUGGCGAGCUCGCCGAAAUGCUCCAGUUCUUGGAUGGGAUCGUCGGGGAGAUCGACAUCUGUGUCAGCAUGGAUGUCGACGUACUGGCGCCACUCGAGGUGCUGCUGUAGGAGAGCGACAUUGGCGGGGAUGGCAUAAUCGCUCUCCUCGAGCAAGAUGACUGCUGUGUUGGCAUUCAUGAAGCCCCCAGUCAAUUUGGCUUCGAUGAAGAGGGAGUGAUUGAUCGCUGUGUCUCGAUCAAACUCGAAGGACUCUGCGUGGCCCUCGAUUCUGAUGGUGAUUUUGGUAAGGUCAGGAGCAACAUCUUGCCUACAUGAUGGUUAGAACACAGCUGAUCACUUGCUCGGAUCUCAUGAGGGCAUUGAAAAUGUGGUGCUUACUCGUCCAGUCGCUGGCGUUUCGCAUCAGGUGUGCCACUGCUCAGUUGUUAGAUUGUCCCUGAUGGAAAGAUGCACCUGGGAACACAUACUCAUCUCUUGCACCACCGCCCAUUUGUCCUUGGGGAUCAGACAUGAUUGCUGGCGUACAUGUAUGCUGACAUGUCUCGAUUGCAGUCGGAUCUUGCAGGACGUUUCUGUGCAGAAGAAGAGAGUGGUUUCGUUUUUAAUCCCUGUACAUAUAAAAUGUAUAUGGCGCCUUCAUACAGUGGUAAACGCUCAAAAUCUAGCAGAAGAAGAGAGGAAGGGAAGAAGGAAACAAAAAUGGAAGAGACUGCAGCAGUGGAAUUUUAGGCUGCCAAGGCUUAGCGAAAAAAACAAACGGAAUUACAGCUCAAGGACCCC